UGGUUAAAACCUUCGCAGCAUUUUUUUAAAACUCAAAUGUGCAUUGCGAUAGGCUGGUAACACUGUCAUCCAGUUGCAUUCGGCUGCUACAAACAAAAACAAAAGCAACAACAUCGCAGACCAUUAAGCCCAAACAAAAGCGAACAAAACGGUGAAAAAACUACUUAUUGUUAAUAUAUUUAGGCUGGGCCUAUUCCUGCGCACAUACAGCAUGGCCUGGCGUUCAGUGGGUGCAAACAAUGCCGAUCUUAUACGUCAGCUACGAGACUACGGCGUAAUUGCAACAGAUUCGGUGGCAAAUGCAAUGAUAGCUACAGAUCGCAAACACUACUCUCCCCGUAACCCGUAUAUGGAUGCACCACAGCCAAUCGGCGGUGGCGUAACUAUAAGUGCCCCUCACAUGCACGCCUUUGCUUUGGAAUAUUUGCGCGAUCAACUAAAGCCUGGCGCUCAUGUACUUGAUGUGGGCUCCGGCUCUGGCUACCUAACUGCCUGCUUCUAUCGCUAUGUGAAGUCGAAGGGCGAAAAUGCAAACACUCGCAUUGUUGGGAUUGAGCACCAGGCUAGUUUGGUGGCAAUGAGCAAAACCAAUCUUAACGCAGAUGAUAGCAGCAUGCUGGAAUCUGGCAACAUGCUUAUCGUUGAGGGAGAUGGACGCAAGGGACAUCCCGCUCUUGCGCCGUACGAUGCUAUUCAUGUGGGCGCCGCUGCGCCAGAUACACCUACCGAAUUAAUAAACCAACUAGCUAACGGAGGUCGCCUAAUCGUUCCUGUUGGCCCGGAGGGAGGAACACAGUAUAUGCAGCAGUACGACAAGGAUGCCAAUGGCAAAGUACAGAUGACGCGUCUAAUGGGCGUCAUGUACGUACCACUAACGGAUCUACGUUCUUGACUGCACAAUCUGUGGAAGGCGCUGGUCGUUAUGCUGCUGUUUGGUUAUGUGGUCUACCGAUUAUGGAUAUCUUAUCAUUAGCAUUAUAUCUUCCUAAUAUUAACAGCAAGCUCGAAUGCUUCUUCCCAUGUUAAACCAAAUUAUUAUUUACAUAUAUAUUUAAUAAACGCAAU